ACAUCUGCAUCAGCACCAUCACGUGAAUCUCCCGCAUAGAGACAACCGCGGAGGAGGAACGAGUCGGUCCACUAGCGUACGUAGUCACGCAUCGUGUAGCACGAAAACACACACACACAUCGUCCACCCGUUGUGGACAAGAAUCGUGCACGGAGCUGAUCUCGCUACUUUGAAUAGACCCAGUAUCUAGCGCACCAUAAUUUCCGAACACAACCAAUCUCGUAGCUCUAUGUUCUUUAUCUCCAGGUCACCAAUCACCCUGACACGAAUCCCCCCUCCUGAGUAGUAAAGCUCUGCGUUUUUAGAUAGUCGCUUCAAAAAUACGAAUGCUAUUCGUCCCGAGUAAUCACAACUUUAUUCUUACUGGUGCUUGUGGUUUUACUUUUUCGCCAACCUGAGGUAAAGUACCACAGCCUUUACCUUCUACGGAAAAACAAAGAUGCGGUCUGCUCCCUCUUGUCUGCUCGUCGCAGCUGUUGCUUUCUCGGGCGUCCUCAUUGCGUGGGCGGCCGACGGCCGCAACAAUGCGGGUUCCGCUGGUGCAUCAGACUCGGAUGCUGCACGGCAGCUUCGCGACAGACCCGCAGCAACAUCUACUGCAUUAGAAAAGCCGCGUGCCUACGGACUGGAUGAUCUUCGGUUCGAGCAUUUGCAGAUUCGAUCGGGCGAUUUAGAUGAGAAACGUGGUGCUGGUGUCCUCGGUGAAGGAAAGCCAACAGGAGGUCUUGCGGGCCAGGAAGGGGGCAAAGACGCGUCUGGGGAUCAUUAUGAGCCGACACAUCGACAUGAUGAUGAUGUGGGAGUACCUGCUAGUCAAAUGAUCCCGCCGACGACCCUACACCACAAAGAUUCUGAAAUUCCUCCCGCCGGCGUACCCGAGAGCGGGCUAGCUUCAGAAGACAACAGCGCCUCGGCACCGCCUACCUCCGUGGCAAAGAUAGUCCGAAAUUUAGCGGCGUCGGCGUUCGAGCAAGGAGAUAUUUUUGAAAACAGCGGGAUACUAACCGCUCUUUCCUCUUGGUUCUCCCCGUCCGCUCGACCGACUACUCGUGAGUUGCAAGAUGUGGUUACCACCACCACCACGACGACCACAACCACUUUAUUCGUGCCCACGAUCUACAACACGUUCACAACCACCACAACCCGAGGCGAGCGCCCGCUGGAAACCUACGACAAGCCGUUGGACUAUUUCCAGCUGUUGGCUACAACCACGGCGCCGCCAACCACGACCACCACGACGCCAAGCCCCGAGCAGCGGGUCUACGUGCCGACCAUCGUGACCCUUAUCAACUGCAAAAAUGUCUGGGUCUGGAAACUUGUGAUGCAAGAAAGGGAAAAGUGAACUCACUAUAAUGCGCUGCCAAGCAUGACAAGUUUUUUCCAUGGUUCUGAGUUGCGUACUCCGCAUGAGAAACUGCGUUUUUGCAUGACUGGGAGGAGGAGCUCUUCGCGGCCAUGCAACACAGAGUUCAGAGUCAUACCAGACAAGCAUGACAAAUCUCGCAAUCUCCCAGACCCAGACAUUUUUGCAAUGCAUAACCCUGCCGCCACUGCCAAAGGUGGGGCCGCGAAGUAUAAACAUCACAGCCGUGGAGGAAGAGAGGGCCAAGGCCGCCGCGCUGGAGGGGGUUUCCGCAAUACAAAGUACUUCUUUAUUUUUACGUGGUUUUUUCAGUUCUUCUUCUUUGUGUUUUCGGAAGAUCGAUGAUGAUGACACUGAAGCUGGUGAACAAGAUGAUGAUCGUUUGCAAAUUUUUCAAUCGAGCGUAGCUAUGUGCAGAUCCGGAUUCAUUGCCUGCUAACGCAUGUUUUUCCGACAAGGGAACAGGAAAAAUGGGUUGUCAAUUGAAUCAUCAUACAUUGUACUUUGUUAUCACUAUCUAUCAUGACAUUAGUCCUAUGCCAAAGACCCGUAUAACCGCCAAAACUAAACAGCCCUCGCACCUCCGACCUCUGCGAAGGAGCUGAUGGACGCGAAAGCGGCACUGGAAGCCGCAUAUGGUAAAGAAAAAUUCCCCCUCGUCCCCAUACUGAAGAGGUAUGCUUCCAAAAAUUUGCGAUGCUGAUUUGUGACCACAAACCCUGUCUCUCUUGCAAGAGGGCAAGGCAAAAGAAUCCGCUGCAUCAUGCAGGCGGUUUGUAAUGCUGUUGCGGUUACAUGGCAGGCCUCUGCUAUGCUAAGCACCUAGACAAAAACACUCCUACGCAGGACUAGGCUCUUCCUGCAGUGCCUCGCUGCAAGACAGAGCUGAUUUGUGUACACAAAUGCAGCAACAGAAAUCCCCGUUUCGAUAUGGGGAGGGGGAUUUUUCCUGACGAUAUCGCAGAAAGGAACAUCACAGCUUCGACCACCACACCCCCGCCCUUCGAAACGCUGGUUCGGUUGGAGUGUUCGUUGACGAUUCCGGAGACCGUGCAGUUGUCCCAGGCGGUCUCUCUAUGGAGCUCGGACAUGACGUUUGUGGACUCGUGGCGCGAGGGCUUUUGUUGGACCGUGCGGUCCGACAUCCGGGCAAGGAUGUUGGACUGCAAACAAGUCCGGCUGAUGCGCAUCGCGGAGUCUGUCGGCUUCGGGAAUGAUCGGAGGCUGUUGGUGGGAGAAGGUAAUCAUAUUCAACAUCCUGAAGAUGCUUACGUGCAGGCGAAGGAAGGCGGAGUGACAAAGGGAGCUGCGAGUACUAGCGUAGUGCAUUCACCGGUUUAUUCGUCGGAUGGGAAAGAACGGCACCAGGAGAACAUGCUGCAAAAAAACAAACGGACCAACAGUGAAAAACCGCCAACGGGUCUUUUCUACCUUAUGUCGGUGAGGAAAAAGAGGAGCCGCAGGAGGUUGAAAAUUCACAGCAGGACAGCACCGACAACUGCAGGCACUAGUAGAGCAGAUGAUCCGGAAUCUGGUGCUCACCAUCUUCGUGAGACGAAGCAGCUGGUGAAAAUAAACCCGGUCGUGGAUGAAACUAGUUCUAGCACAGCGAGGACCUCCCAUGAUCAUCACCAUAACGGUGCACCUGCUCCGCCGGUUGCAGAGCGGAAGCUGGAUGAAAGAAACUUGUCGACGUCUUCUUCAACACAACAAGCCGAGCUACAACUUGUUAAUACCGCAGAAGACUACAUCAAAGUGACAACCGAAUCCCCACCAGGGUCUACAACUCAUGGAGUUGUACAACGAUAUCAAGACCCCACGACCACUCGGCACCUCACCACCUCUAACAACGACGACGACGACGGUCCGACCCCCGCCCCGGGCCGGCGCGCGGCGAAUAUCCUGAUCGAGUUUUCCAUCGGGAUGCAAUCGGUCGAGGAGUUUGAGGGGGUGGAUGUCGCGCUGGAGGACUUGGCGAAGCACACGCUGGCCGGGAAUUUGAAUCUGUUCGUGAUGCGCGCACAGGCGGCCGACGAGUUUUCACCGGAGACGCGGUUCAUUUUGCCGAUCAUCAAGCAGGUGUCGGAUGUGGUCAAAGGUGUGGACUUCGAGUCCGGGGGAAGCGGAAUUCCGUUGGUGCAAGUGGAACAGAGUGCCACAACCUCGAGCGGGUCACGAAGAUACAGUGGAGGCGGGAUUUUUUCAGAAAGUUUUCCUCUAUUUGGUUCUUCUCUUCUAGCAGUUCUCUUUUCCGCUCAAGUUUUCCUUGCAUCCUUUCUCGUCGACGUGGCUGCUCCGCUGCAGAAGUAUCAGGGAUGAUGUCGGUGUGAUUUCAAAAGGACCGACAACAUUCUACAGAUUGGAGCGCCUCUGCAUGCUUGCUAGAAAGAGACUGUUCUCGAAUAAACGAAUCAUGCCCCCCCUUCCACUUGUCGUUUUCAAGCUCCCUGUUCUAGUAGUACUGUGAACUUCAGCGAAAAAGAAAAAUUCUACCCCAUGACAGAAAGUAAGUGUAACCCUCUUUGCUUUCUGUAUGAUGACUUGUACGAUUCUUUGUUGGACGAAAGUAUCAAGAACAUCAUGCCAAGAAAAAAAUGGCGGCCAUUCAUCGCUUCCUUCGAUUGUAGUGCCCCAUGAGAACAUGAAUAUGGACAAAUGUAUUCGUGCAAGUGCUAAAACCAG